AUGCCGAACAACCCACUAAUCACACCUUAUCUUCGUCAAGUAGAAAUUCCUGGAAUUACUCUCUCUGUACUGAAAACCACUGUUGGGCUACUGUAUCAGCUUCACCAAGUCGCUGCUUUAGUCUUCCAAUGCAUCAGUUUGUCUGCCUUUUUGCUAUUUUUUUCUACUCAUUUUUUUGCCUGGGAGUUUAUUAACGCAUUUUCAUCAAUCGAGAUACAAGUUUGGGCUGUGGGGCUCAACAAUUUGGAAGCAGAAGGCAACAAACUGGAGGACGUGGACCUGAACGAUCAACAUGGCCUUAUUGCCAUGGCUGAUUCCACCAACAAAAUUGCUAAUUCGAGUCCGGUUUAUCCAACAGAAAAAAUUGUCACCGUGGCGGAAGAGACUUCGAAAAAUGUAACAUGUAGGAGGACGACAGCAUAUUUUUUAUUUUUUAUUGCGUUAGCUGCAGUUGUGCUGUCUUCAUUUACAACUUACUGGGUAACCAAGGGUAUUUAUGACCGAUCGCUGGAAAUUAAGCCAUUCGCUGAUUAUCACAGUUUGGCUACCAAUGCAUCUAUUGAAGAGUUAUCAUUGAAAGAGGAGACUAAUGAUCCGACUGCUGCUGAAUUACGUCUUCCAAAGGAUUUGGUUCCGAUAUGGUAUGCUUUUCUUCAUUGCUUGCAUUUUUCUUGGUGUUUUUUUGACAGUGAUGUCAGAAAAACAACUAGCACUAUGCAUCUGAGAGUCAGUACGGUUAUGCAUUUAUCCUUUAAGCGACUGUGGGCAUCGUCUUUUCUGCAUGUAGCAGGGGCGUGA